AUGUACAUACACAGAAAUACACACGCACAGACAUAUGUACAUACACAGAAAUACACACGCACAGACAUAUGUGCAUACACAGAAACACACACGCACAGACAUAUGUACACACGCACAGACAUAUGUACAUACACAGAAAUACACACGCACAGACAUAUGUACAUAUGUACAUACACAGAAAUACACACGCACAGGCAUAUGUUCAUACACACAGACACCACCCCAUAAAAACUUGCAGUACUUCGUUGUUCACUCACAGAGCCGGGUACUGCACUCUAGGGGGAGGCAGAGAGCACAGCACACACUCCUUCCUUUACUUUCACUGUGCUCAGCUAUUGAGCAGUCUGACGGCUCCCAGUGCCAAUGAUAGAUCCGGCCUGAGCUCUGAGUCUGCUCAGCAAGAUGGCCCUGGGGGACACACUCGCCCCCACAAUUUUCCACUCGCCACUGGCGAGCGGGUGAGUGGAAAUUUCAAGCCC